AUGAGCGCGGACCCGCCGCCGCCGGAGAAGCCGGCGGCGCCGAAGAAGAUCCCGCUGUCGAACGCGCCGGCCGCGCCGACGGAGACCGAGGUCGCGAAGACGCCCGCGCCUCCUCCCGCGUCGUCGUCGGGGGCGAAGAAUCCGAUCCUCCACCAAUCCAACAAAUCGCCCCCCGGGACGAAGACGCCGCGCACGCCGCACACGCCAGCCCCAGGGUCCUCCGCGAUGCCGCAACCGCGGCCUCCUCACCCCCGCCCCGACGGCCCGAUGACGCUCACCGAGCUCGCGGUCCCGCUCCGGUCGCGGAUAUGGGACCUCACCGACGGCCGGCUCGUGAACGGCGAGUGGACGCGAUACGAUUGGAAGCCGAACGGGGACCUGAAGAUCCUCGAGCCGUUCGGCGGCACCGUCGCGGAGUUCGAGACGGCGAUGCGCACGGAGCUCGACCUCCCGGAGCGCGAGGCCCCCGGGGUGCAGUUCAUCAAGAUGAUCGCGGAGCACGAGAAGUACAGGGACGCGCACAGUAACGCGACGAGGUCCGCGCCCGUGGUUGGAUUAUUCGGCGGCUCGCUCACGGGGGUCACCGCGCAGAUGUGGGAAGUGCAGGACACGGAGGGACGCACGCGUCGGGAGUUCUCGGACGGGAGAGACGCGGAGGCGUACGUGCGGAAAAACGUGGAGAUCAAGGUGACGAAGAUGACGAACAAGAUCAAGGCUGCGGCGGCGUUCACGAGCGCGAUAUCGGAGGAUCAGCCGGGCGGGAAAGAAUUGCGAGACGCCGCCAAAGCCGCCGUAUCCGCGGCGGCGAAAGAAGAGGCCGCCGCCGCCGCUUCUAGCGCUUCAGGCUCUUCUUCCGGCCUGAAGUCGAACGUCGUGACGCAUAAGGUGUGGACAAAGUACUGCGCGUUCGACUCCGAGGCUGCGAUCGCCGUCGCGGCGGCGCGGCACACGCUCACCGCGGAGCAACUCCCGGCUCUCGAUAAGCGUCUCGAAGACCUCGUCCGCGGGAAGACGAACGGCGAGCUGAAACCGCGGAAGAAGCGGCUGCGAUCGCAGGUCCAAGACGCCGUGCAGGUGUUCGCGCAAGUCAUCGAGGACGAGGACGGGAUCUGCGUGUGCGAUUUCAUGAACGCGCUGACGCUGACGCCGAUUCGCUCGACGCCGAAAGAUUACGACGAUUGGUCCGUCGACGCGAAGCUCGAGUGGAAGCGCAAGGCGUACUUCGAGACGAAAAACCUAAACUUCAAGCUCCUGAAGGACGAGCCCGUGGUCAUGCUCGGCACCGCGCUGCAAAUCAUGCGCCCGCUGCGCCCGCGCGUGAUCGUCGUCGUCGACCGCAGGACGAUGGAGAACACGUUGCGUAACUUGCGCGAAGACGCGGCGAACGGCGGGAAAGGGCUGCGACACCUGUACCCCGCGAUGGGCUGGGUCAUCGUCCCGAACGGCACGGACAUCGCGAAGGCCAAGGCGAGCUUCAUGAUCGCGCUCGCGAGGGUGCUGCACCGGCACUCCAUCGGCGUCGUGUGCUCGGGCGGUCAAGGCGUGUUGAACCAGAUGCAUCUCUCGGCGUUGUGGGACGUCCCGAUGAUGGUCCUGCACGGCUCGGGGCGGAUGUCGGACAUCUGGAUGAAGAUGUGGCCGAAGCGGCUCGUGCAAGGGUUCGACGCGGAUAACGUCCAGGACCUGUUGCAGGCGUGCGGUGGGUACCAGAUCGACAUGCAGAGCGCGCAUCAGGUGCGUGAAAUUUUGAAGAAGGGCAGCAUCAUGCUGCACAAAAUCUACGAGAGCUCGAACGCGUUCGAACGUCUGUUCCGCAUCGAGCUCAGCGGCGACCAGCUCAUCGAGACCGCGCUCCGGCGCUUGUCCUCGUACGGCCGCACGAUCAAGGUGUACGCCAAGUAUAAGAAGCCGCUCGCCGCGAUGGCGUUGUACGUCGGACUCGCGGCGACGUUCGCAUCCGUGUUCGUGUCCAACAUCGAGGUGUUCGGUUCAGACUCAAAUCAACAGUACUCCAAGACGACGUUCACGUGGAUCGCGGUCAUCGCGCCCGCGAUCCUCGUGAUCCUGAACAGCAUCGAGAACUUCGUGAACCUCAACUCGAUGCUCGUCAUCGCGGAGCGCGCCAAGGCGAAGGUCGAGUCGAUGCUGCACAUCUACCGCCUGCGCGCGUUGCAGUUCAGCGACAACUUCAUCGACGACGAGCGCGACCGACGCGCGGAGCUGACGCGUCUACAGCGAGCGAUAAAGCGCGGAGGCAAGCUCAAGCCGAAGGACCGCUCGCCGCGCACGAGAGUCCGCGCGGGCGGGAUGGAGACCGACAGCGACGACAGCGACGGCGGCGGCGAGGAAGACGGUCAGGAGAGCGGCGACAUCAUCACGUCGCGUCAGGCGAAGCUCGCGCAGUUCCUCGAGCGGAUCAACAAGGACUUCAGCGAGUCCGGCGCGGUGCUUCUCGAGCUGUCCAAGCUCGCGGCGCGGGGCACCGGCCCGUCGACGCGCCACCAGAACAUGGAGGGCAAGGGUGUUCUGCAGUCGCUGAAGCACCGCCGUCGGGUCCCGUCGAAAUCGCGCGCGCAGAGGCAGACGAGGCCCGUCGUGCCCGAUCCCGACGUCGCCGACGACAGCGACGACGACUUGAACCCGAACAUGAUGUCGCCGCUGUCGAUGCUCGACAGCAUGACCGGGCCGAUGGUGCGGAACCUGCAUCAGGCGCAGGCGGACGCGCUGCGGGCGAGCGGGUUGCGAGACUUCCGAGGCGGCGAAUACGGCGGCGACGUCGUGAGCGUUCCCGGCGCGCGGUUCUCGAGAGACGCGCAGACGGUGUUGGACGUCGAUGGACGGCGCGUCGACGUCCCGGGCGUCGGGAUUCGCACCGAGGGCGGCGGCGGCGUGACCGUCCCGGACACGCGCGCGCGGUUGCCUUCCAGCGGCGAGAUCACCGACGCCGCGAUGGACGCGGGGCCGAUGACCGACGAGGACCGGCGCUCGAUGGAGUUUCUCCUCCGUCGCGCGGGCGUUGACCCCGCCAACAUCCCCGGUCUGCCGCGGUUCGACGGCCGGCAGAUCGGCGCGGAAGGCGGGGAGUACGGCCUCGUUCCGCCGGUGAACUACGACCUGUUGACCCCGCGGUCGUUCGAGACCCCCGGGAUGGAGCUCGCGCUCCCCGGGUACGACCUCGGGUUCGGCGGGACGGAGAGGGAUCGACCGCGGCGCGAGAGCGCUUCGCAACCGCGCGCCGAAGACGCCGAGCUCGGUGCAGAAGCUGCGCGCGCGCGGGAAGGUGGCGGCGGCGAAGGCGGACGAGGCUGGGAGGAUGUUCGGGCUGUUCUUCCCGCCGCCGAAAAAGCGGACGUCCGCGCAGGUCUGUACACUGGUCCCCAUACGACCGCGUCGGCGAUGUGGACGCCGUUUCUUGAGGACUUUUUCACCCGGCGGCGUCUCUCUGCGCCCAGGGUCCCUCGCUUUCAAUCCCGACACACCUCGAAGCCUUUCAACUCCGCUUCUAAUGCCUUUCAACAACUCCACCCCUAUCUCUCGCAGGAAGCCGCGGCGGCGCGAGAGGAGCUCAAAGAGUUCGAAGAAAGCGCGUGGCAAGCGUCCACGCGCGAGUACGUCCGGUUCCGUCUCUCGCUCAAGCUCGCGGAGUUUCGAAGGAUGCACGCGGUCUUAUUCCGCCAGAGCCUCCUCAUGCAGCUCAUCAUGUACCUGCUCAGGUGCGUUCUAUACACUGGUCCCCAUACGACCGCGUUGGCGUGGUGA